AAGAUAAAGAGGAGAUGUAAAAUAUGAAAAGUUAACGCGGAAAAAUACAAAUCAACAAUAUAAUAAGAGACAAAUUCAGCAAACAUAUUUCAUUUAGGUUUCAAUUCACGUAAUGGAUGUAUACUUUGCUUUUGUGCUAGGUGUGUUGGUCACCGGAGGUAAAGCGGCUGUGUAUAAUGCUGGCGAAGGAAACAGUAGUCUAUUGCAAACAGGACAGAUAAUUCCGAGAUGUGCUGUUGGUGAAACUUGCACAAUUGACCGAAACUGCCGGGCACCAGAUGGGACAAGGUAUUGUGUAAAGGACACUUGGAUAAAAGAGUGGCCUGUGGGACAGUCAUUGUGCAAACUAUAUAACGGUACCACCGGAUGUUCAUUAUGUUGUGAUGGUGUUCCAGAAUGUGCUGAUCUGUCAGACGAAGAACCUUGCAAUAAAUACAAGUGUAAGGCAACAUGGCGUUUGGUAUUUGAACAUGACUCCAAGGGAAAUGUUAUUGCUGGAAGUAAGUCAGACUUAAAGAACGCUAUUAGAAGGGGUGCUGAAAUUAAAACUUUAACUGAAACAUAUGGUCAUGUCGGCGUUGACACUGUUUUAAUAAUUGGCGAUGAAAUUUGCGGACAGAGAAUUUUAAGUGUGUCCCAAAGCUCAUGGGCAACUUUUCAGGCAAAAGCAUAUUGGUGGUUUACUGUUGUUUGUACAACCGGAGAUUUAUCGGUGUCACGGUGGUAUGUUGGAGAUCGCACAAAACCAGCUGACAGUCAAACAAAUUUUGGAACUAAAUGGUUUGCCAGGGAGGUAGAAGACAAAUAUAUGACUGCCGUCCCAGCGACCAGAAAUGAUAUUUAUGCAGUGAAUGCUCAUAUACAAGCUGUUAAACAAAGUGGUUAUGGUUUAACAGUUCAGCAAGAAUCCACAUCUCAUAACACGGAAGAAUAUUACAAAGUAGAUAACCUUGAGGUCUCGUCAGAUGACAAAGUGAUCGUUGCCCAAACAGUUUGGAACUUGCUUAACGAAAAAUACAAGAAUAUAGUUAAAAUCUCGACAUCAGGCAGCUGGUUAUUUAAAACCUUUGCUUCAAACGGACAAGUAGCACAAAGCACGUAUCUCGUAGGCGAAAAUACAAGGACCUCAAUGGAUUCCAGUAACCGGUCAACGAGAUGGUUCUUUGAUCCAUGUUGGCAACUAGUGUACUCCAAUGAUCAGAACGGAAAGGGUAAAGCAGGGUCGAAGCAAAAAUUGAUGAAUGCCAUCAAGGCUGGGCAUCGUGUCAAAGUUAUGAUUCAAAACAGACUGUCCAAAGCCAAUUAUGUUAUUAUUAAUGGAGAUGUGGUAACUGCGUUUUUACCAAAUAUGCUUAAAAAGUUCAGUGUAGAAACGGUCAAAGACCCAGUUGUCGCUGCGGGGAAAUGGGAUUGGAUGUUGGUGAACACAAAUGGUAAAGUUGAGAAAGCGAAUUACCUUGUUGGCGAGACACAGGGAUCAGUGUCAAGUUCGUCUGCUGUUAUGAAGUGGUUUAUCGACCGUCGAGAAUGGAAUAUGGUACUUGAUGUUGGACCCAGUUCUGUAAACAUUGGCUCAAAAGAGCACCUGGCGAAUGAAAUAAAGAUUGGAGCCGAUAUCCGAUACGCAUUGAUAGGCCCUGGUUGGGAGUUCACUUUUAUGGAAGCUGACAACAUUGAAUUUGAUGGUUCAAAACCAGAUUUCGGAGCUCAACACAUACGUUAUGUGCUUCUUAAACCAAAUGGUAACGAAUACAAGUUUGAUGUCACAUCUAAUAAGCUCACCUGGGUGUUUACGAUGACGACUAGCACCGGCGUAGUAAGGAGCAGUAAAUGGGUUGUUGGCGAACAUACAUCCCGCGGAGAGUCCACUGCUAACCAAAGGGUGAUGUGGUUUGUCGCCAAAUAACUGCUAAAAUGAAACGUAGAAACAUGCAUGUAAUUAAGCAGGGAAGAAUAUAUAUGAAUUUUGAUAAUUGUAUUACACACAUUUUUAUGCAUGCAUAUAUCUUUUUGUAUUACAAAGUGUUUUAUUUACAAUGCGAGAACUUACUUCACUAAUUUUUUUGAAGAAUGUACCGGUAUCAUUUAGCACGAAUCAUGUCCAUUCUACCUGGUAGUUAGUUUUAAUGAUUAUGUACCCAUCUACCAUUGAUGAAUCCAUCGACAUUUAAGCUUCCAUAAAAUGAUAUUAAUAUAAACAAAGAGAUGUGCAUUUAAUUAUUGUUGCGUUUACAAAAUUCUCAUAGAAAAAGCUUAAGAAUUAUUGUACAUGUUUUACCUGUAUAUAUGUGGAAUACAUGCUUUAAUUAAUAGUUGCUUACUAAUACGGCCAUAGUGAAUUGUACUUUACACGAUAUUAGCUUUCCAAUUUAUUCGAUUACAUUGU